AAAUCGAUGUACGCUAUUUCUUCUGUUCUAUUUAUGUUUGCUCAAACAGUGUAAAAUUUUUGUCAACACCAUGGAUUCAGCAUUCAAAAGGGACAAGGAUAACAAGAAGACAGUGGUGUCAAAAUUUGAGUUAUUUAAGAAACCCAUCAACACUCAUAAUGUACUGUUUUACUACGUUCCAUUCUACGGAGCAGCGAGUUACAGUGCUUUAUCUGUUAAUGUUUUAAAUCCCGGCUUGGGAGUAAGGAUGUUCCCGAAACGUGAUGUGACAAAUAUAUUGCUGUUGUCUACUUUAAUUGGAACUGGUCUGUAUAUAUAUGACAGGAAGCACAUGAGAGCAGCACCGAAAAUUCCAAAAGUUGGAUACAGUGUAUUUGGAGCUCUAAUGUUCAGUUUUGGCUCUGUUCUGAUGUGGGCAGUAAUGAGGAGCAUUCUGCCAGAGAACAGUAUCAUUGCUACAACCUGUGGCAUAUCGUCAGCACUUGGAUUAGUAAAAGCCGGAACAAAUUAUUUGGAGUUUGUUGACUCACAGGUGAAAAACUGAGUUUUUCUUAUAAAAGUACCCUUUGUAUGUUAUGAAUUUUCUGAGUACAAUUAGAUAAUUUAGCUUCAAUGUAAAGGAGUCACCGAUUUCAUUAUGUGUUAGCAUAUAAUAUUUACUGUUAUGUAAAUUUAAAAGUGCCAAGCAUUUUUCCCAGAUACAAAUUCUUAACUGCAGUCACUUUCAUCAAUGACUGCACCCUUAUUACAAAUGUAUUUCUUAUUAAAGAGGCAUGCUGAUUACAUCUCAGAAAGCAACAGGGUAUUUUUAUGUGUAUACUUCCUUCGUGUAUUUUGUUGUGCUUUCCAAUUUUUAAGUAUUGAGGAAUGUUGUUUCUGGCAGUCACCCUCAUAUUUUUGUUUGUUGAAACUGGGUUGUAACAACCUUUUUUUAAAAAAAAAAAUUACAUCCUUGAAUAUGUUAUAUACCCAAGAAGGAUAUCUCCAUUUUGAAUAUGUAUUUUGUAAGUGUACAACCACUAUUAGCCUGAAAUAAAUGAAAUAAAAUGUUUUGAUGUUUAUUUGGAGUAGCUUCUCUUUGGGAAAAAAGGUACUACAAUGAACUACCUUACUGAAAAAUCGAAGAUAUCUCACAAAGAAUCUGCCUUUCACAGUAGCUUGAGACAUACUUUGUCAUAUGAAUCUAGGAAAUAACAUGUACUCUACAUAAACAAAAAUUAGUUGCCACAGGUAUGAAAUCUGCCUCGUGAUGAUUGGGUGUUGUGUGAUGUCCUUAGGUUAGUUAGGUUUAAGUAGUUCUAAGUUCUAGGGGACUGAUGACCAUAGAUGUUAAAUCCCAUAGUGCUCAGAGCCAUUUGAACCAUUUGAACCACAUGUAUGAAAGAUCAUCACCUGAGAAUGGCUUGACCAAUUAUGGCAAGGUUUGUAUGAAAGAAAAUUUUUGGAAAAUCCAACAGAAAAGUUGGAAAUAAAUGUAAAUUACUGCAUGUA